AUGGGGUCUGGUGUUUCUGGCUGGACAACGGUGGCGAGGGAGUGGGGGACGCGGGGGAGCCAAAACCACCUCGAGGAUUCCACGGUGAUCGUCCGUGUCGUCGUCUCUGCUGAGGCCCUGCCGGAGAUGAGGUUCUGCGAGUUCAAGGAGGACCCGCCGGAGUAUGUUUUGUAUCCAUCAGAGGAAUCAAAUAUAUUUACUGUUGAAGUGGUGCAUAAUGGUUUCUUCUGUGGUUUAAGGGAUAAUCUGGAGUAUAUCGUUUCGUUAGUAGAUCACUUUGACUAUUUGACAGGUGACACUUGGUCUAUGGAUUGGAUGAAUGAGAUCUUGACAAGUCUCGGCCUUGCAAGAGAUGGGAAACUUCAUUUGUACUGGUGUUUACCAACAAAGGACAUAAGGGAGGGAUUAGUUCCAUUAGAUUGUGAUGCAGUGAUUAGAAGAAUGGCAAGAGCAAGUCUGAAAGAGAAAACACUAUGUGUGUUUGUUGACCACACCGAUUUUCUUAGGCAGCUCAGGACUGAUGUGGUACAUACCAAUGCUCCAGUAGCUAACUCUCCUUCUGCAGUGGCUAGACCUCCUCCUGUUGCGGCACCUUCUAUUGCAUCCAGCAAAAUGGCAGCAGCUGCUGUGUCUCGUGCAGUUCAAGCUAUAUCAAGUGGAUCGUCUAAAUUACCAAAUGCAGGUGCAUCUCCUCUGCCUGAAGCCUCUUGCAGCUCCUUUGUGGAAGAGGUUGUUAGUGGCAACUUGAGACACAGUGAUAGUGACAGCGACUUUGAGUUUUAUGACAACGACUAUGAUGUCGAAGAUGGUGAUGAUGACCUAUUUGCUGACAAUGUUGAUAAGUCCGUGGGUGAUAACAAUGAGAAGGAAAUGGUUGAUGACAAAGAGGAUGAGGAUGCAUUAGAUUAUGAUACCUUACAACUUGGAGAAGAAAAUAUGGAAGUUUUGAGGAACAAAUUGACUGAAUUCAAUCCAGCACGUGACAUGGAUAACCCUAUUUUUGUCAGGGGAAUGACAUUUAGUGGGGUUGAAGAGUUGAGAAAGGCGUUGGCAACAUAUGCUGCACUGACUUAA